AGUGAUUAAAUGUCUCAGAAUACCUAACACCACUGAGGGAGUUCUGAUGAAACAUGUUAUGUUCUGUGGCCAACAAUGUCAUAAUAAUGUACACAACAACUCUUCUCCUUCGGUUCUUGGACUUCGAUUUUUCUGUAUUUCCAUACUUUAUCCAUUUUUGGCAUCUGGGUUUCUUUCUUCUCUCUCCAAAAUCGAAUCUUUCUCAUCUGGGUCACUCUAUUUGCCCUUUCAACUUACUCAUAGGUUGCGUACCGUGAUGGCUCUGUUCUGUCACAAUGAGUAGUGCUCUGAACAAGACCAUUUCCUUCAACAAAACCUAUUCCUUCAAUCGAAGGUCCCUCGCCAUUGGAAGUCCCAGAGGCAGUCUUAACAACACCAACAACAACCGCUUAGGAUGUGUCUCUCUCAGGUUUCAGGUUCUCAUCAUCAUUGUCUCUGUUCUUUCCUUCUUUGUAGCCGUAGGUGGCUACAUGUACGUCCUUCCAAGCCUUAGCCAAGCGUUUUCCAAUGUCCAAGUUCUUUCAUCUGAGCGUAACAAUGGAUCAGUGAGAGAUUGUGAUGUGUUUGAUGGAAGCUGGGUGCGGGUUCAAGAUCACCCUUUGUAUAAUGCCACAGAGUGUCCUUUCGUAGAACGGGGAUUCGACUGUUUAGGGAAUGGGAGGAGUGACAGGGAUUAUCUUGGAUGGAGGUGGAAGCCUAGGAGUUGUGAGAUUCCAAGGUUUGAUGUGCGCGGUGUGUUGGAAAUGUUGAGAAGCAAAAGAGUUGUUUUUGUCGGGGAUUCAAUGAGUAGGACUCAGUGGGAAUCUCUGAUUUGCUUGCUCAUGGCUGGUGUUGAAGAUAAGAGAAGUGUUUAUGAAGUGAACCGGAAUCAGAUAACAAAGAAGAUCAGGUUCUUAGGGGUUCGGUUCAGUGCCUUCAAUUUCACCAUUGAGUUUUUUCGCUCGGUUUUCCUCGUGCAGCAGGGCAGGAUGCCUAGACAUGCACCAAAAAGGGUCAAAUCCACACUCUUAUUGGACAAGUUGGAUGAUAUAAGUGACCAGUGGGUGAAUUCAGAUAUUCUGAUAUUCAAUACUGGGCAUUGGUGGGUUCCAUCUAAGCUUUUUGAUAUGGGCUGUUAUUUCCAGGUUGGAAGCUCUCUUAAACUUGGGAUGACAAUUCCUGCUGCCUUUAGAAUAGCCCUUGAAACUUGGGCAUCAUGGGUUGAGAGAGAGAUUGAUAAAAAUAGAACACGCAUCUUCUUUAGGACUUUUGAGCCAUCUCACUGGAGUGAUCUUACCCGUAGAAUUUGCAAUGUGACACAGUACCCAACAUUAGAAACUGAUGGAAGGGAUCAAAGCUUGUUUUCAGAUACAAUUUUAGACGUUGUAAAGAAUGUUACUAUUCCUAUAAAUGCUCUCCAUGUUACUUCUAUGUCUGCUUUCCGGAGUGAUGCACAUGUUGGUAACUGGAGUGACAAUUCAUCUAUUCAAGAUUGUAGCCAUUGGUGUCUUCCUGGAGUACCUGAUAUGUGGAAUGAAAUUAUCCUGUCCCAACUCUUUUCUGAAUCUGAAAUUCCUUUUCAACAAAUUGAAUCACUCGAUGAGAGAGACUAACACUCUUAGUUGUUGUUGCAAGCCUACCUCAAAUUCUGAUGCCUCCUAAGAAGUAUGGACCGGUUUCUAACACCAUAAAUCUGAAGCCAUCUCAUUCUUCAAUUUUGAACUCUGCCAUCGACCAUGGUUUUCUUCAACACUCAACUGUACCAGGUUUUGUAAAAGUAUGGUCCAAUUACACAUAACAGCUUGUUAAAACAAAUUAAACAGGAAGCAAUUCUUUAUUUGCCAAUUCUUUGUAUAUCAGUAAAGGUAUUUGUCUGAGAUGCAUGUCAUGAACAAUACUGUUCUACAUAGGAAAAAGUGAAGGAGAAGGAAAGUACAGAUCAAUCAAUUUUUUUUUUUACAGAUUCCUUGUCUUAAUUAUGAAAUUGCUCUUUAUUCAAAUGGAUUUGUGUUUAAAUCCUUGCUUCA